AUGGCAUCCAUGGAUGUGAAGGAGUCAGUUCCCGGGAUAAGCAGAGUGGACCUCGAUAAGCCCAUUGAAAAUCUCCGAAGUCGAGGUUACGUUGGUUUUGAAGAAUCAGUGGACCCUUUUUGUGGAAAUCCGCCAAUUAAACUUAUGCCUGAUGGUGUUAUUGCUCGGUGGAUUGCUGCAAGGCUGGGUUUGGAUUUUGGUUUUGGCACGGGAGUGGACCUCGCCUUGAAAUGCCCAUUAGUGCAUGCGGCCGUGGGCUUAGGCAAUGUUUUGAACGUGGCUGUGUACGAAGCCAUUCCAACGUAUGGCCCCAUCACCCUCGUGGUUGUCAACCCUCCUUUUGGGCUAGACAAGGGGGAUUGGGACACUCCUUUUGGGCUAGACAAGGGGGAUUGGGACACUCCUGCAGAUGCGUGGGGCAAGCAGCAAUUCAGCACUUUCCUCGCGUGCUUGUUGGGAGCCAAUGUAUCAGAGAGCGGCUUUUGCGUGGCUGUGUACACCACGGAGGACAAAGUGCCAGAGGUGGAAACUACUUUCCAGGAGGUUGGCCAAUCAAAGUACAAAGGAGCUUUGGUGUACAUUUUUGUGAGUGACAGGACACCGGCCCUUUACCCAGGACAGAUGGGGCUAGGCGGCUGCCAAUUUGUGGUUGUGGGGAAGUUCGGGAAGGCACAACCAAAGGCGGAGAAAAAUUACAUGAUGGGCAAAUUUGUUUACUUCACGACACCCCCAAGGAUGGCCAGCAAGUACUUGCGGCCAGAAAUAGAUGGGGUUCUGAAGUCCAAGAAAAACACCCCUUUGAACAAAAUGCAGAAAGGGUUGGAGGAGGCAAGGGUGCCGAUUCGUACUCUGGCCCCCCAAGAUGGCAUAGUGCUCUCCCUCUGUAAUGGCACCGCAACCACACAGGUGGCGGCAGCCUUAGAGGGCCCCUCAUCUGUGGGGAUCGACCUGGACGGGGACCAGGUCGCGGCCAGCGUGGGGCGGUUAAGGAUUUUCUUUGAACGGGAGGACCUUCUUCAGAUGGUUCUUCGCAAGGAAAGGGACCCGGAGUGCAAGGAGGCAAAGGCGCUCAUGCAAGUAGCUGAAGGGACGGCGCCAUUGAGGGUUGAAGAAAAGACAUUCCGCACAUUGACCGAGGAACUCAGCGACAGGUUGGACAAGGUGGCCAAUUUGAGGUCGCUGGAUGGCAAGGAAGCCUGGGCUUUGCUGGUUCACCACUACCUGAGGUGUCUUCCAGACGUGGAGUUCGAAUGCCUAGAUUUGAGCGACUUCACAAAAGU